AUUAUGACCCUAACGCGUACCCCGUGUGAGCUCGACAAGAUGAGCCUUUUUCAAGAUCUGAAGCUGAAAAGGAGGAAAGUCGAUUCGCGCUGCAGCAGUGACGGCGAAUCUGUCGCCGAUACUAGUACAUCGUCACCAGAUCUCGUCGGCCCGGCAUCCCCCAAAAUGUCAGACGCCGCCGUCAACCCGCCCAGCCCCGAUUCCACGCCGCUCCAAGUUCAACCGCCCGACCCGCCCGAACCGACGCUGGACAAAAUCUCCAGCCGACUGGAAGACUCCGGAGUAUUCGAUGGAGGCGGCACGGCGAGCGUCAUCAGGGCUCUGCCCCCGCAACGGUCCCACAGUCCUCCGAUCCGGCCGGCACCGACCUUCAGUCCCUCGCAGCCGCCGAGGCCGCACAGUUCCCCAGGUAGACCCGCCAACAUCAGCCCUCGGGCCAGCCCCGUCAUCAGACACACGCCCUUGCUGCUUCAACCCACCGCCAGCCCUCCCAGAAACUUCCCGCCAACCAUAGUUACCUGUCAAGAACCGACCUCGACCAUGCCUUCGAUCUUGACAUCCAAACCGAGAGGGGUCAUCAUCAGCCAGCAACCUACCCUUUCGCAAAGUCAGCAGCUGUGGCUGAAACAUUCGAGGAUCAACGGCGUCAAGCCGGAACUGAUCGGCGGCAGCUUUACCACUUCCCCAAAUGUCCACUUCGGAGACAUUAAGCCUCCUCUCAGUCCGAUGCCCAGAUCCGCCACCAGUAUACCCGUCAGACAAACGCCAACCGUCAUCAUGGGCGAAGCUGGAGGAGUUAGAACGAUGAUUUGGUCGCAACCAGCUCUAUGCUCCACCCCGACGUCUCCCAUAUGCGAACCUCAAGGAAUGCAUCCGACGACUUCCAACUGGACUGGCGGUAGCCCCAACGUUAGCAAUACCGAAGAAAGCGCCGCUCAGAUGCUCCUGAACCUGGGCCAAGACAGGUUAAGGCUUCCCGUGAGCAGACCGGUGGUGGCGCCGCAAUCCCCCACUUCCGGCCAUUUCGCCAGCGCCCCUCUAAAUAUGGAACAGUUGUGGGCAGGCGACCUUCGUCAAGUACCAGUGACUCAGCAGACGCAGGCUCUUAACCUCACCUCGGCCACGCCGGGACUUCAGCACACCUACGGCAGCCAGGCGGCGGAAAUGAAGAUCAUGGGCCUUAGCGAGGCGAUGGGGGGCGAACAACAUGAGCCAACGGAGGAAGAGGAACAGCCCAUGAUUUGUAUGAUCUGCGAGGACAAGGCCACCGGCUUGCACUACGGCAUCAUCACCUGCGAGGGCUGCAAGGGGUUCUUCAAGCGGACCGUUCAGAACAGGAGGGUGUACACGUGCGUGGCGGACGGGAACUGUGAGAUCACCAAGGCGCAGAGGAACCGGUGCCAGUACUGCCGCUUCAAGAAGUGCAUAGAACAAGGAAUGGUCUUGCAAGCUGUGAGGGAGGACCGAAUGCCAGGCGGCCGAAACAGCGGCGCCGUGUACAACCUCUACAAAGUGAAAUACAAGAAGCACAAGAAACCAUCCGGCAAGCAGCCCCCUAAGGCCAUGGAGAAGAACAUCCUGAGCCAGCAGUUCAAGCAGGAGCAGGACCAAGCAUCCAGUAUUCCAUCGAACCUAGUCAAUGGGACCAUCCUGAAGACAGCAUUAACCAACCCGAGCGAGGUGAUCCGUCUGCGGCAGAGACUCGACAGUGCGGUUAGCAGUUCUAGGGACCGUAACUUCUCAAUAGAAUACUCCUUAUCGAUGAUAAAAACGUUAAUAGACUGUGAUGAGUUCCAAGACAUAGCGACUCUGCAAAACUUGGACGAGCUGUUGGACCACAACACGGACCUGAGUGAGAAACUAUGUAAUAUCGGUGAUUCGAUUGUGUAUAAACUUGUGCAAUGGACUAAGAGACUGCCUUUCUAUUUGGAAUUACCGGUGGAGGUGCACACUAGACUCUUGACGCAUAAGUGGCACGAGCUACUCGUUCUCACGACGUCGGCGUACCAGGCCAUACACAAAGCGGGUGAUCAGAUGACGACCGUCAUCGAAACCGAUUUCAACCAGGAGGUGGAAUCGAACUUGUGUACGUUGCAGAGUUGUUUAACAUCGAUGAUGGGUCGGGAAAUAACAAUCGAGCAACUCCGGCAAGACGUAGGAUUAAUGAUAGAGAAAAUUACCCAUGUUACCUUAAUGUUUAGGCAGAUAAAAUUAACAAUGGAAGAAUACGUGUGCCUUAAAGUGAUCACAAUGCUAAACCAAGCGAAACCUGCCAGUAGUUCAGGAAAUAGUGAAUUGGAAACAAUAUACGAGAGAUACAUGACGUGCCUACGUGUCUACACACAACACAUGUAUCCUCAGCAAACUACAAGAUUCCAAGACUUACUAGUUAGGUUACCAGAGAUACAGUCUGCGGCAUCUCUACUCUUAGAAAGCAAGAUGUUCUACGUUCCUUUCCUACUCAAUUCAGCUAUUCAAAGGUAG